GCCUCCCACUCGCUUUGCUGCGGCCCCGGAAAGUUGCAGAAGCCACAGUUGUCGCCUAACGAGCACCCUCGUGGACCGCGGGUGGCCGGCGGCGAUGAAACCGUCUUGGCUGCAAUGCCGGAAAGUCACCGGCGCCGGGGGUCUCGGAGGGCCUUUGCCCGGGUCUUCUGCGGCCCGUGGAGCUGGUGCGGCCCGCAGGGCUUUCGUGGCCCCGGGUCCGCGGGGCGGUCUCGGGGCCAGGGGCUGCAGGGCUCUGUCCUCGGGCAGUGGCAGCGAGUACAAGACCCACUUCGCCGCCUCGGUGACGGACCCCGAGAGGUUCUGGGGCAAAGCUGCCGAGCAGAUCAGCUGGUACAAGCCCUGGACCAAAACGCUGGAGAACACACACUCGCCCUCCACCAGUUGGUUUGUGGAAGGAAUGCUUAACAUUUGUUACAAUGCCAUUGAUCGUCACAUUGAAAAUGGUAAAGGGGAUAAGAUUGCCAUCAUCUAUGACAGUCCUGUUACAAACACUAAAGCAGCGUUUACCUAUAAAGAAGUUCUGGAGCAGGUCUCCAAGCUGGCUGGUGUCUUUGUCAAGCAUGGCAUCAAGAAAGGUGACACUGUGGUUAUCUACAUGCCCAUGAUCCCACAGGCGAUAUAUACCAUGCUGGCAUGUGCAAGGAUAGGUGCCAUCCACAGUCUCAUAUUUGGGGGAUUUGCUUCUAAAGAACUAAGUAGUCGCAUUGAUCAUGUAAAGCCCAAGGUGGUGGUUACAGCAUCAUUUGGCAUUGAACCUGGAAGGAGGGUAGAGUACAUACCACUUAUAGAAGAAGCGCUAAGAAUAGGACAACACAAACCGGACAAAAUUCUCAUUUAUAAUCGUCCAAAUAUGGAGGCGGUUCCUUUGGCUCCAGGUCGUGACCUUGAUUGGGAUGAAGAGAUGGCGAAAGCCCAAUCACAUGACUGUGUUCCUGUUCUUUCAGAACACCCACUGUACGUUCUUUACACAUCUGGCACAACGGGAUUGCCUAAGGGUGUGGUUAGGCCCACUGGAGGAUAUGCUGUCAUGCUAAACUGGUCAAUGUCUUCUAUAUAUGGACUUCAACCUGGAGAGGUGUGGUGGGCAGCUUCUGACUUAGGCUGGGUUGUUGGACAUUCCUAUAUCUGCUAUGGACCUCUUCUCCAUGGGAACGCAACAGUCUUAUAUGAGGGGAAGCCUGUGGGAACACCAGAUGCUGGCGCUUAUUUCCGUGUGCUGGCAGAGCAUGGAGUAGCUGCCUUGUUUAUAGCACCAACUGCAAUUAGAGCAAUCCGUCAACAGGACCCUGGGGCAGCCUUGGGGAAGCAGUACUCUCUGACAAGGUUCAAAACAUUAUUUGUGGCUGGAGAACGAUGUGAUAUAGAUACCCUGGAAUGGUCCAAAAGUGUCUUCAGAGUACCCGUCUUAGACCAUUGGUGGCAAACUGAGACUGGAUCUCCAAUUACAGCAUCGUGCAUUGGAUUAGGUAAUUCUAAAACACCUCCACCAGGGCAAGCAGGAAAAAGUGUUCCAGGAUACAAUGUUAUGAUUUUGAAUGACAACAUGCAAAAACUGAAGGCUCGGUGUUUAGGAAAUAUUGUGGUAAAGUUGCCAUUGCCACCUGGGGCUUUUUCAGGACUCUGGAAGAAUCAGGAAGCAUUCAAGCGUUUAUACUUUGAAAAAUUUCCCGGAUAUUAUGAUACCAUGGAUGCUGGUUACAUGGAUGAAGAAGGCUAUGUGUAUGUUAUGUCUCGAAUGGAUGAUGUAAUAAAUGUUGCAGGUCACAGAAUUUCUGCAGGUGCCAUUGAAGAGUCAAUCCUUUCCCAUGGCACCGUGGCAGACUGUGCUGUUGUUGGCAAGGAAGACCCUUUAAAAGGUCACGUCCCUUUAGCACUCUGUGUGUUGAGAAAAGAUAUAAAAGCAACAGAGGAGCAAGUUUUGGAAGAAAUUGUGAAACACGUUAGACAGAGCAUUGGCCCUGUGGCUGCUUUUCGAAAUGCAGUGUUUGUCAAGCAGCUCCCCAAAACCAGAUCUGGAAAAAUCCCUCGAUCAGCUUUAUCUGCCAUGGUCAAUGGCAAGCCAUACAAGAUAACCCCUACAAUUGAAGACCCCAGCAUUUUUGGCCAUGUAGAAGAAAUACUGAAGCAAAUAUCAUGAGUUUGUUUUAUUCCUAUUUUGAGUCAAUUUCAGCUAAUUUUUUAAUUGUAAUUAAAAUAUUUGAGUUGUUUCUCAGAAAUAAAUAUUUCAGUAGAAAUUACUUGCAAACUGAAAUGUGAACUGUAAAACUUGGCCUAAACAAAUCUAAUGAAAACUUGUGAAAGACCUGUGCCUUCUGUUUGAUUGGACCCUGUUAACAUUGUUAUUAGUUGCCUAUAAGAUGGCUCAUUAUAUGUAAUCUACUGCUUUAUAAAAAAUGUAUCUACUGUAUUAUUUUUAAAAUUGCACCCUCCAAGUAAAACACUUUAAUUGAAAGCAAUGCUGAUAUACAGCCACUUCCUGAAA